AUGAGCCAAGCAGCGUCGGAACGGCAACAUGUCUCCGUCGACCACCCAACUUUGGGCAAGGUCACCGGUCUCCAGGUCGAGCCGACAGUAACGCAAUUCCGCGGCAUCAAGUAUGCCACCGUGAACGAGCGAUUUGCUGAGUGCGUCAUUCACGAACAGAAGGACAUCGAUGCUACAAAUUGGGGACCGUCUUGUCCACAGCCCGCAGAUGGAUUCCCGAAUGAGCAGAUGUUUAUUCAGCAGGGUUUGCCAGCAGACUCAGUCCCUGAUGACGAACUCAAUUGCUUGAAUUUGAACAUCACGACGCCUAAAGGCGCAGCGGGAUCCGCGAACCCACUGCCAGUACUGGUAUUUGUUCACGGAGGAGGCCUGUUUGUUGGUGCAGAUAGCUGGCCACACUAUGACCAGGCCAAACUCGUCGCAUUGGCAGCUUCUCGGGGGCGUCCCAUCGUUGCCGUCAACCUCAACUAUCGACUUGGUGCCGUGGGAUGGCUUGCCAGUCCCAAGGAAGGGCUCAAGGGCAACUUUGGCGCCAAUGACGUGAUCACGGCCUUUGAAUGGAUACAUAAGCACAUCUCUGGGUUUGGAGGCGAUCCCAACAACAUCACCGCGCUUGGCAACAGCGCCGGGUCGUCGAUCGUCACUGCGCUCCUGUAUCAGGAUAAACCACUCUUCAAAAAGAUCAUUCCCGCUGGUGGUACGGCUCUUCUGGGUCCUUUCGCAGACGCCAAGACGCAAGAAGAAAAGUUCAAUGCUCUUGCUGGCAUGCUUGGCAUCGACGCGACCCGCAAAGCUUUCGAGAAAGUUUCUGUCGAAGAUCUCACCCAGAAAACCCCGAUGAUGUAUCUCGGACUUGGUGUAGACGGUGAUCUCUUUAAGGAAGCCCAGACAUCAACCCUUGUUGCACAGAAAAAGGAGUCCUGGUGUGAGGAGAUCUUCAUCGGAAACAAUGAGCACGAUGCCUCGAUUAUGAUCAUGGGACUACUAGGUAAACUCGACAAAGUCAGCAAGCAGCUCCCAGGCUACCUCAAGCAGGCUUUGCCCGAGUUUGCAGACGACAUCAUAAAUACCUACAAAGUCUCCGAGGACAUGUCACAAGCGGAGGCGUUAGAGGCCAUUACUUCCUUGGCCACCGAUGUAUUCGCCGUGGCUACUCAGAAAUAUUUGAUCGGCUGGCCAAACGAAAAGCGCUAUUUCUACCGCUUCGCCGUGCCAAACCCAUGGGACGGCCCGCUGAAGGGGUUCGCGACUCACAUCUUGGAGGUUGCCUUCUUGUUCCAGAAUUACAAUCAUGUGUUGAGUGAGGAGAACCGCCAGAUCGCAGAGAAGCUAGCGGAGUCCAUAAUUGGAUUCAUGUACGAUGUUCCUCCCUGUAAGCCUUGGACGGAGAACCCCGAGGGACGUGAGGAUCUAGCAUUUGGAUCUUUGCGUUCUGGCGACGCACGAAAGGAGAAAAUACUGGAGAUUGCCGACAAGGUUGGAUAUGAGAAGCUCUCCGGCGUCAUGAUGGGUUUCUACUUUGGUCCUUAG